AUGGCUACGUUAGCCGAACAGCGGUAUGGACUGAGCCUCAUUGAUGGAAUGUUACCGAACUGUUCCAUUGGUCAGAGCUUGGAUGUGGUCAAAGUGAUGAGAUCACUUGGGGAAUUCGUCGCGAACUUCAACUACUGCCUGAACCAGCAGGUGUUCAUCGAGAAAAUGUCACCGAAUCGAACACUCCGUGUGCUGACAGCCGAACAUAUGGCAGAUUCCAUGAGAACUCAUGGCCUUGGGGUGCUGAACACCAGCGUCAACAUCACCUAUCAGUUUCUUCGGAGUAAAUUUGGAAUUUUCAAUCAAUUCCUCCGAGACGAACAUAUUCAUGCUCAACUACAGAAGGAUAUCCGAUAUUUCCAAGAAAAUCUGCAAUCUCUAAAAAGAUGUUUCCUCCCAAACGGGCUGAGCAGUUCAAUCGUGCCUUCUCACAACUUUCGAUUGAAAGUGGUGAGCUUACUUAUAUGGAUCGCUUCAGAAUGCUAA